AAUUAUUCCUUUUAGACUUCAUAUACCAGACUCUUUCUUUUUUCUUUUUUGGCUCAUAACUCCUGCAAUGCAAUCAGUAAACUUAUGAGAAACUUCCGUUUCUAAAUCAAAUAUGGCAUUGCACUCUAGGCAAUGAAAAAAAAUGUUCCCGUUUUGUUCAAAUUUAUGCUCUUUAACAGUCCUAUAAGGUUCUGCAGCACAGCAGACUCUUAAGCAAUGAAUGUUCUCGACAAACGAAAUUCCAGAGUUUGAACUGGAUUAUGCAUAUCUGAGAUCUGCAACAGCUAUAGGCUUGAACUGCAUGCAUGUAUAAAUACAUGUAAAAUCUAUCAGGAGAAGAACAAGGACUCUCAUAAUUGAAUCAUUUUCAUUCUGAGCAGAUAACCAUGAAGCUUCAGUUCUCCAUUGCUGCACUUAUCUUCCUUUUCCUUAUCCGGUGUUUCCCUUCCUCGGUUAUUGCUGACCUGAAUUCUGACAGACAAGCCCUCCUUAACUUUUCUGCCACUGUUGGCCAUACCCAAAAGCUCAACUGGAAUGCUGCUGCACCAGUUUGUGCCUCUUGGGUAGGAAUCACUUGCAAUCUAAACAAAACUAGUGUGACUGCUAUCCAUCUUCCAGCUGUUGGACUCUUUGGCUCCAUCCCAGCCAACAGUAUAGGCAAGCUUGCUGCUCUUAGAGUCCUGAGCCUUCACUCCAAUUUCCUCUAUGGAAGUCUUCCUUCUGAUAUCCUAUCCAUUCCUUCUUUGGAGUAUCUUUACCUCCAACACAAUAACUUCUCUGGUGUGUUUCCUGCCUCUCUGUCCCCCAACCUCAUUUUGUUAGAUUUCUCCUUUAACUCCUUUUCUGGAGACAUUCCAACAACAUUUCAGAAUCUGACACGCCUCACCGCAUUGAGCCUCCAAAAUAAUUCCCUCUCUGGAGCCAUACCUAAUCUGAACCUCCCAAAGCUUAAGCUUUUGAAUAUGAGCUAUAACAACUUAAAUGGAUCAAUUCCAUAUUCCCUAAAAGGUUACCCUGAUUCUUCAUUUACUGGGAAUCCUCAGUUAUGUGGGGCACCUCUCAAAAAUUGUUCCAAGACCUCCUCUUCACCUUCUGCUUUCCCUACUUAUUUGCCACCCUCACCAACAGUCCAGAAAAAUCACCAUGCUACCGUCAUCAAAAAACUUGGCCAUGGUUAUAUUACUGCUGUGGCAAUUGGGGGCUCUGCAGUGUUGGUUGUUUUAGUCCUGAUGAUUGUCAUAUGCUGUUUGAAAAGGACUAGCAAAGAAAGGCUGAAAGGGAAGGCCUCUGGUGAUGGAAAGAGUGAGAUGCCUAAAGAUUUUGGCAGUGGAGUGCAAGAAGCAGAGAAGAACAAAUUGUUCUUCUUUGAUGGAUGCUAUUUCAACUUUGAUCUUGAGGAUCUACUGAGGGCAUCGGCUGAAGUUCUUGGUAAAGGAAGUUAUGGCACAACUUAUAAAGCUGUUUUGGAUGAGGAAACAACAGUUGUGGUGAAGAGGCUAAGGGAAGUUAUUGUAGGUAAGAGGGAGUUUGAGCAGCAUAUGGAGGUGGUGGAGAGAGUUGGGAAGCACCCAAAUGUUGUGCCUCCGCGCGCUUAUUAUUACUCCAAGGAUGAGAAGCUUUUGGUCUACAGCUACAUGCCAGCAGGAAGCUUGUUUGCACACUUGCAUGGAAGCAGGGAUGCUGGAAGGUCUCCACUAGACUGGGAUUCAAGAGUAAAGAUUUCACUUGGAGUUGCCAAGGGAAUUGCCCACAUUCAUUCUGAGGGUGCUAAAUGCAGCCAUGGCAACAUAAAAUCCACCAAUGUCCUCCUAACCCAAGACCUUGAAGCUUGCAUCACUGAUGUUGGGUUGAGUCCUCUAAUGAACUUCCCUGCAACCAUGUCACGAGCCACUGGAUAUCGUGCUCCCGAGGCAACCGACAUGCGAAAAAUCUCUCAUAAAUCUGAUGUUUACAGCUUCGGCGUGCUCCUCCUCGAAAUGCUGACAGGCAAAACCACACUUCAAUAUCCAGGACAUGACAGUGUGAUUGAUCUGCCAAGGUGGGUAAAGUCUGUCGUUCGCGAAGAAUGGACAGCUGAGGUUUUUGAUCUGGAGCUGCUAAGACAACAACACAUUGAAGAAGAGAUGGUGCAGAUGCUUCAGAUUGCAUUGGCAUCUGUAUCAAAGUUGCCCGAGGCACGCCCCAGCAUGGAUGAAGUUGUUAGAAUGAUAGAGGAAAUUCGGCAGUCUGACACGAAAACUAGGCCAUCCUCUGAGUCUGAGUUUGUCGUGCAAACCCCGUGAAAUAUAUAGCCUUUCUGUUCUUCUCUAUGCAAAUGGGAAAUAAUGUUCAAUGCUGUAUUGUUUUCUGUAUCACAAUCUCCUGAUUAACAUUUUGCUUGCUAGUAGUAGCUUCUAAAGACCAACAUUAUUUUCAAA